ACAUUGUCUUCAUGCGGACUUGGUACCCCGUAUCCCUCCCGACCUUCUACAAUCCGGUCACUUCCUUGCUGAAGCCUGUGGGUGAGAAGGACUCUUGGACCGGGAUGAAGACGACGGGGCAGUUAAGACACGAGAAGGGCAUCAGGCUGAAACAAAACAAGGAUUCCCUCUAUAAGGAAAUCGUGCGAGAGAAGAAGCAUUUCAACAUGCUGCACAUCCCCAAAGCCCUUCAAAAGGCCCUGCCGUUUAAAAACAAACCAAAGUAUAUGGAGAAAAGAGCCAAGAUCACAAAGGACAAGUGGAGACCGGCUGUUAUCAGGGAGCCUCAUGAAAAGAAA